AUGCUAUCACCGACCCCGCUUACCCGUGGCACCGAUCCUAACACAUUUUUCGAUGAUUCGAAGCCGGGUAAUUACGAACCCGAGGAGCCGGAAAAGGCGACGAAUGAUCGAGGUGAGCGGGGACAGCCGGCUUAUCCCAAGGAUGACGAUGAGCGCGGACAGUCGCAGAAGGCAAUGAGUGAAUAUGGUUUCAAUACAGUCAUUCCGAUGGGAUUCGAAUGGAUCGCACGAUCGGAGGCCGGACGAAUGCCGUCACUGGCAUUAUCCCUCGGAUCUGCCGACGACAUCGGUGCGCAUUUGGGCAAAAAGCUCGAAGAUUAUCUUCUACGGGAAUUCAAGGACAAGGUGGAAGUGACAUUGGUUCGCAACAAUGAGCACGAAAGCCUGAUCAGCGCAGAAAUCGUCAAGCAGAUCGCCCAUUUCUUGAAGAAGAGCGGCAAGGUCCAGCUCCCAGCAAAUGCGGACCUUCUCAAGCUCGGCCAGUUCAAGGAACUUGCUCCCAUCGACCCUGACUGGUUUUACAUCCGAUGCGCGGCCAUUGCCCGACGACUCCACUCGCGCCCCACAGGCGUUGGCGGUCUGCGCAAAAUCUACGGAGGCAAGCUGCGCCGUGGCGUCGGCCCCAACCACUGGGUUGCGGGAUGCGGAUCCGUAUGCAGGCGCGCCCUCCAGACGCUCGAGAAACUGAAGUGGGUCGAGAAGAAGGGAGAUGGCAAGGGACGCAUCCUUUCGAAGCAAGGUCGUAAGGACCUCGACAGAAUCGCAUCUGAUGUGCGUUCCAAGGCCCUCCCCGUCGAAUCCCUU